AUGUCCGCGGCUACAAACGUCGACGGCCCAAAGGCUAUUGUCCUCACAGAUGAAGAACGAGACAGCGGCGUAAUGAGCGACAUGAAGCUCUACGAAGCAAUCGAGGCAUUUUUUAGCGACGGUCUCGUCGUGGUCGAGAAUGCCAUCGAUACUACGAUCAUCGACAAGUUGAAUGAGAGGAUGUUGCAAGAUACGGAAAAGUUGCUUAGUGGGAAUGGAGAGAUACAUUUCAAUCAUUUGAACGUAAACGCAGCCACCAAAGGCGCGUCUGCAGGAGGAAACCUCUCACAAGUCCCACCUUUGGAAAAAGAAUGGCUCUUUCCUCAAGUCUACGCCAACAAACACGGCGCCCGAAUUGUCUCCAACAUUCUCGGUCCCAACCCUGAAGUCCACUUUAUCCGCUCCAAUACUCUCCUCGCAACCGAAGAGCGACAAGUGGUUCACGCCGAUAUUCGGUUUGAGCAUCCUGAGCACCCAUUCGCAAUCGCCUUUAAUACGUGUUUGAUUGAUGUUGGUCCUGAGAAUGGAACCACAGAAUUAUGGUUGGGUACGCAGAAUACGAAUUUAGAUUAUCAUCGAGAGUKGGGSGAGCCGAUGAUUGCGGAGGCAAAGUUGGAGGAGAGGAGAAAGGUGAGGCCGCCUUGUUAUCCGAAAAUUAAGAAGGGGUCUAUUGUUUUGCGGGAUUUGAGAUUAUGGCACGCCGGCAUGCCAAACCCAACCUCAGAUGUCCGCAUCAUGCUCGCCAUCGUCUACUACGCUUCAUGGUACAAAAACGGCGUAACGACGCCCAUGCCCGUCUCGCUCCGUCCCACCAUCAAAGGCUUGGAAGAAUACGCAAAAACCAAGUUUGCGAUUGAUUGGGUGCCCGAUGAAGGAUACGAUUAUCUCAGUAUCAAGUUUAGUAAUAACUUUAGCUCGACGCUGACGCCGUGGGUUUGGGAGAGGAUUCAGCAUGUCAAGACUGUUAAGGGGUACUGA